AUGUCAUCAAACCCCAUCACCGAAUACGGCUUCACAGCCGUCCCAGCCUCCCCAACACAACUCCUCAAUGAUCCUACUACCAAGCCCUCAUCGCCACCACCAGCGUUUACGGUGUCAUCUUUCCCCAUCCCAGACACAGCCCUAGCCAAGCGCAUCCAGGCCUACGCAAAGACCCAUUUGCCUGAACCCACUUACAACCAUAGCUUGCGAGUCUACUACUUUGGGCAGGCGAUCAAGCGAUACCGAUUUGGCCAUAUUGGAGGGUCAUCAGUAUGGGAUUUCUCCGACGAGACGUACUUUUUGAGUUGUCUGUUACAUGACAUUGGAACUACAGAGGAGAAUCUGAACAAGACGCGGCUCAGUUUUGAGUUUUACGGCGGCUUUCUUGCGCUGGAUGUGCUUCAGAAUGACGAAAAUGACGCUGCCGUUGCGCCCAGAGAACAGGCCGAAAGUGUAGCGGAGGCGAUUAUUCGGCAUCAAGAUUUGUGCGAGAUUGGCACGAUUACUGCCGUGGGACAGUUGAUUCAACUAGCCACGAUUUUCGAUAAUACCGGAGCUUAUGCGGAUCUGGUGCACCAAGAUACUAUUGAGGCUGUGUCGACGGCGUUUCCACGGUUGAAAUGGAGUAGUUGUUUCGUGGAGACGAUUCACAAGGAGAAUGGAUUGAAGCCUUGGGCUCAUACGACGGCGCUCGGCGAGGAGGAGUUUCCUGCGAAGGUUAUGGGGAAUAAGUUGAUGGCGCCGUAUGAGUAG